CUAGGUGGCAGUGCAGUAGUCAGCGCUCACAGAGAAAAGAUGAGGAAGGAAUCACCGAGCUGAAAACAAAGCAUGAUUCUGAUAUCUUUAAAUUAAUUUAUUCUCCUGAACAGGUUUAUAAAUUUAUUAAAAUCUGAAAUAUAAAAUUAAGGGAACUUUAACGAUGGCAUCAAACCCACCGGGACAAGGAUUUCCGAAUAAGAACAGAGUGGCGAUUUUAGCUGAACUGGACAAAGAGAAGAGACGACUGAUCCAGAGUCAGUCUAUGAACAAUCCCGGGGCCACGAUUCCGCUGUCCAGACCGCCGGUGAAGGAGUUCCGGGAUCACGCGGAGCAGCAGCACAUCGCCGCGCAGCAGAAAGCAGCUUUACAGCACGCACACGCACAUUCUUCAGGCUACUUCAUCACACAGGACUCCUCCUUCGGAAACCUGAUCCUCCCCGUGCUGCCACGACUGGACGCAGAGUGACCAUGAAAAAUAUCGGACAAGUGAGGCUUGUUAAAAAGACGUGCUUGUGAGCAGAAUUUCAUUUUGGGCUUUAAUGACCGUAUGAUUUUGUAUUUAAUAUAAACCAAAUAAAGGUGGACUCUAGCCAUUUCCAGUAACGUUAAUCUGUCUUUAAAAAAGUUUUGGACAGCUACAGAUCCUCCGGUCAUGUC